AUGACGUCAUCAUGCUGCCGUCCCCACGCGGGACGGGCGCCAGGAGCCGCGGGUGCCACCGCCCGCCCGGAGCCGGAGCCACCCCCGGCGCAGCGCAGCGCAGACCGGGCGGGGCGGGGCGGGGCGGGUCCGGCGCAGAGCCGUGGCCGGGUGCGCUGGGCCCGGGCAGCCGCGGUGGCAGCAGCUCUGGGCGGCGUGAUGCGGAUGGCGGUCGGUGCGGCAGCGGGCGAUGGGGCAGCGCAGAGCCCCGGCCCUGCCGCCGUGUCGCUGGGCUUGAGCGUGGCCGUGGUCUCCAGCCUGGUGAAUGGCUCCACCUUCGUCCUGCAGAAGAAGGGGAUCGUGCGGGCCCGAGGGAGAGGUACUUCGUACUUAACAGAUAUAGUAUGGUGGUCUGGCACUAUUGCAAUGGCUCUUGGUCAAAUAGGGAAUUUCUUGGCUUACACUGCAGUCCCAACUGUGCUAGUGACGCCCUUGGGAGCUCUUGGUGUUCCAUUUGGGUCUAUUUUAGCUUCUUACUUACUGAAAGAAAAACUGAACAUUCUUGGCAAGCUGGGAUGUUUGCUGAGCUGCGCUGGGUCUGUUGUUCUCAUCAUCCAUUCCCCAAAGUCUGAGAGUGUAACGACUCAGGCUGAGCUUGAAGAGAAGCUUACAAAUCCAGUUUUCGUGGGUUAUCUCUGCGUAGUGCUGCUAAUGCUUCUCCUGCUGAUCUUCUGGAUAGCUCCAGCUCAUGGACCUACUAAUAUCAUGGUUUACAUCAGUAUUUGCUCUCUGUUGGGCAGUUUUACUGUUCCCAGCACAAAAGGCAUUGGGCUGGCUGCUCAAGAUAUCUUUCACAAUAACCCCUCAAGUCAAAGGGCUCUGUACCUCUGUCUGGUACUUCUGGCAGUAUUAGGAUGUAGCAUUAUCAUUCAGUUCAGAUACAUCAAUAAGGCACUGGAAUGUUUUGACUCCUCUGUGUUUGGUGCCAUCUACUACGUUGUGUUUACCAGCCUAGUCCUGCUGGCUUCAGCCAUCCUUUUUAGGGAAUGGAGUAAUGUAGGAGUGGUAGAUUUCUUGGGAAUGGCUUGUGGAUUCACCACAGUGUCUAUUGGAAUUGUUCUUAUACAAGUCUUCAAGGAAUUCAACUUCAAUAUUGGAGAUUUAAAUAAACCUAACAUGAAGACAGAUUAAAACAUUUUUUGAGGGGAAACUGGAUGGCUCAGGGAAAGAUGCAGAGCCUUUCAUUUCUAGGUCACUGAUUCAAAUGUGAUUCAGGUUGGUAGCUAUCCUCUGACAAAUUUGGUGGCCUAUGUGAAAUGAAUGGGAGGCCUCCAUCCAGUUUCAAAGGAACAGUUGUCCAUGUACCCUAGUCAACACAAUAAAUGACCUUAAUUGGAACCAUUGA